AUGACAGCAGACUCUAUCAACAGCGGGGGCAAUGGCAGCGACGCAACAUCAGUGGCCUUCGGCUCAGCCUUCCAAACCGAAGCCCAACAACAACGAACACAAGUUCAUGAUCUUCUGAAGGGAAAAAAGAGAAGUAGCCCACUUGAGAGGAAAACAUCGGCGUUACGUCGUACCAAAUAUAUGUCUGCGGCCAAGGCGGGCUUUUUGCUGGCAACCGUCUUCGUGCUACUGCUGGCUUCUGUCAAGCUACGGCAGUGCCGGCACGAUCUACUGAAGAAGACCAGUAGCGAAACUGAAGGAAACACAAGACGGAGACUCGCUGAAGGGUGGUGGUGGUGGUGA